CCGAUCCACGGUAGACAGUUGACAUUUAAUCGGCCUCAUCUAGUUAUUUAAGAGAUUGACGUGUAAAAGAGUUACGUUGUAACCUAUUUACUAUAAUAAAUAUCAUUUAAUAUUAUGUAUAUAAUAAUAAUUAUGACAUAUUUUGAGAACGUUCGUUAAAAAUCGUGAUGUUUUUGUUUAAUUUAAAAACUUUUGUUAUCGUGUUGUUCGUGACAUCAUGUGUUUUCGCCCAACAUCGAUACCGGAAGAAAACAUGUCGCAAAGAUGAGUUUCGCUGUAAGAAUGGCGCGUGUGUGCCACUCACAAGCCAGUGUAAUGGCAAAGCGGAUUGCCCUGAUGGAAGCGACGAGACUUUCCCUCUUUGUAGGAACAAUACAUGUUCAAUAGACGAGUUCCGCUGCACGUACGGCGCGUGCAUCGACCUGUCGCUUCGAUGUGAUGAGAAGCAGGACUGUGUCGACAAUUCCGAUGAGCUGGUGCCUCUCUGCAGGAAUGACUUCACUGAUUUCCAUAUUUGCGAAGAACGCAUAAUAGAGGAACGUCAGUAUUCACCAGCGGUGGACUGUAGGAGCUUACGGCAGACGUGUGAUGAUGGCCAGGUCCUGAAGGAGCCAACGAGGUGUGAUGGCCACGUGGACUGUGCUGACGGGUCUGAUGAGACGGUGGCUCGAUGUGCUGAGGCGGAGUGCGUGCCGCCGCUGUUUCGGUGCGCGUAUGGGGGAUGUGCGCAUCCGAGAGCUGCUUGCGAUGGUGUUCGAGACUGCGCAGAUGGUUCGGAUGAGAUGCAGGACCUAUGUGAUCGGAUACUACCAGCCACCACGCCUAAGCCAAUUUGCAUUCUCCCAGCCUACCCAGAGAAUGGUAGGUAUACCUUAGGGGGCAACUCUACUGGUGCGCCGGGCCAAAUGUUCCCUAGUGUGGUACUGAAGUACUCCUGUGACCCUCAGCAUGUCAUCGUAGGGUCCAACACACUCUUCUGCUACUUGGGACAAUGGUCACAGGACUUUCCGGAGUGUUCACGUUACUGCACUCUACCAAAACAUGACAGCGUUGAAUACAGAUGCUCUUCACCCGACGACGAGACUCUGGACCCUACCAUAGCUUGCGAGGAACAAAUACUAGAUGGCGCCACUAUCUACCCUCGCUGCCGUCAACCAGUGUACUAUAGCCCUGUGGAUCUACUACCGAUGCGGUGCGAGAAUGGGACCUGGGAUCGUAUGGUUACUUGUGUAGCAGACUGUGGGAGGCUCGGAGACCCUGCAGACCCCUUGCUACUGGGGUCUGGAAGAGAAGCGAGGAGGAACGAGCUACCUUGGCACGUCGCUAUCUUCAAGGGGACUAGCCACGAACAGUGGUGUAGUGGCACUAUUAUCAGGAACAAUGUUGUUAUAUCAGCUGCUCACUGUUUCUGGUCACAAGGUAGAUUGCUCUCUCCUACCAACUUCGUGGUGGCGGCAGGCAAGCUUUAUAGAACCUGGGGCCAUCCGAAUGACUCUAACGUGCAAAUAUCUGACAUUCGUGAGAUCAGAGUACCGGAUCGGUUCCAAGGAGCUGCGACCAACUACCAAGACGAUAUAUCUCUGCUCACCCUAGUUUCCGACUUGGUGUACACGCAACAUGUGAGGCCUGUGUGCAUCGACUUCGAUUACGAAGCCGAUUCCCGACAGCUGAAAGUGUUUAGCGUUGGAAAGGUAGCAGGGUGGGGAGUGACAGAGGAGGGCCGUUUCUCCGAAGUGCUCCGAGUGGCGGACAUGCCGUACGUGUCUGUGCCGGACUGUCUGACGGAUAUAGCGGAGGAAUACAAAGCUUAUAUUACUGGAGAUAAAUUCUGCGCUGGAUAUAAAAAUGGUAUAGCCCUAUGUCUCCGCGACAGUGGAGGGGGCCUAACGUUCCCGGCGCGCGAGCGUGGCACCUACCGCCACUACCUACGAGGAGUGGCCUCCACCGCCUUCCACGCCGGCAGCUACUGCAGCAACAACACUAUCACCAGCUUCACACACCUCCUCACUCACCAACUGUUUGUACAAGAAUAUUUGUUAAAUGUUAAUAAAUAAUAAUUACGGAA